CUUUGUUUUUGCUCAUUCAGCCCAACUGUGAAGCUCGGAGAAGACUGUUGACCGAAGCUGCUCCUAUGAAGUGGGUAUGGACAUGGCUCCAUUCCAUCCCAGCCUCUCCUCGGGCCACCCUCAAAUAUAGGCAGAUAUGACGGCCGUCUUGUCUAUCACUCGUGCCUCUUGCCGAUCUCUUGCUCUCUUCUUCUCCUCACUCCCCACCUUGUACUUCCCCAUCUCCAUGUUCCCAAUCAGGGAGGUGGCAUUCGGCCAAAAGCAGUCCCAAGCGACGGUUUAAUUGCCCCUGGCAGCGUCCCGCUUUCAGGCGCCGGGCCUCCUUUAACCCCUUAGUCAAGAUACGUCGGCUCUUUUGGAGCUGUCGCUAUCAUGGUGUCAUUUCGUCUUGGCCCACGAUGCGCGAGCGGGAGCCGGUCACAAGACUCUGCCAAGACAUGGGGUUGGCGUAUGCGAGCAAGGAAGAGCCGGCCAAUUGCCGGCGAUUACCGGGCGGGAGUUGUAGGUACCAAGCAAAGACCAGCAAGGUUAGGAACGUACGCAGACGACAAAGAGCCUGCUUGCCAGCCGCCUGCCGCUCCAAUCAUGGCUCGCUGGAGAGAGGCGAAUCCACCAUGCCAUGCCCCUCCCCCCCAGCCUUUGGGGUCGGGGAAGACGGGUGUCAGGGCAGGAACUCUGCAGGUACGACGACUGUCCAUCUCGGGCAUUGCGCCGAAUCCGGACCGAGGACAGAACAGGCGGGUGGGCUGUCUGUCCUCUGGCGGGGAUCGCGGAGUGGUCGUGGAUGAGGGACCGACGUCAGAUGGCCCCCCCUCUGCUGGCAGCUCAUGACAGUGGACUGCGGGCCAUGACAAACCUGGGUACCUAGGCAGGUAGGCAGGUAACUGGGUCCAUAAAAGGACGUCUGUUCCUCUCGCAUCUCCUGACCCGGGGAGAACUUGUUGGGUAGGCAGCUUGGUAACCCCAGCCUAGCCGAGUGAGAAAACGGUCUCAGCAAGCGUCAGAAACAUUGCCAUGCCGGCCCGCCACCCCUCCCAGGCCGGCCGUCGCCUCGGGCUCCUGGGUUUGCUCGUAUUCUUCCUACACCAUGCCGCCGCCGGCCGCGAGCGGUCCAGCCUCAACUCGGGCUGGCGCUUCCAGCGCUUCGAGUCGAACCCGGACGGCCUCAGCUACGACGUCCUGAAGCCAUGGCUGCUGCCCUCGGCCAACGACUUUAUCGUUGAUGGGACCCGCCACGUGCGGCCGUCGGACGAGCCCGCGGCCGUCGAGCAGGCCGCGGCCUCGUUCGACGACAGCGCCUGGGCCCUGCUCAACGUGCCGCACGACUGGGCCAUCGAGGCGCCCUUCUACACGGGGCCCAACCCCGUGGUGGGCGGCAACAUGGGCCGCCUACCCAGCCACGGCGUCGGGUGGUACCGCCGCACCUUUUCCGUCGGGGCGGGGGACAAGGGCAAGACGGUGUACCUCGAGGUGGACGGGGCCAUGUCGUACGCGGCCGUGUGGCUCAACGGCCACAUCGUCGGCGGUUGGCCGUACGGCUACGCGUCGUUCCGGCUCGACCUGACGCCGUACCUCGUCGAUGGCGACAACCAGCUCGCCAUCCGGCUGGACCAGCCCCUCGAGUCGUCCCGCUGGUACCCUGGCGGCGGCAUCUACCGCGACGUCUGGCUGACCAAGGUGAAGCCGGCGCACGUCGGCCAGUGGGGCACCUUUGUUACCACCAGCGACGUGUCGGCCGGGUCGGCCAAGGUCGGCCUCGUGGUGCAGGUCGAGAACUCGGGCGCGGCCGACGUCGAGGUGUCGGUCGUGACCGACAUCCUCUUCGGCGGCGCCAAGGUUGCCACCAUCGCCAACGCCACCGUCACCGUGGCUCCUGGCGGCAAGAACUCGACGACGGGCUCGGCCGCGCUCUCCAACCCGAAACUCUGGGGGCCCAAGCCCAACCAGGAGCCGAACCUGCACGUGGCCGUGACGCGCGUGUACGGCGCCGCGUCCGGAGAGCUGCUGGACGAGUACGAGACGACGUUUGGCGUGCGGUCGCUGCGGUACGCGGGCGACGGGCUCUACGUCAACGGCGAGCGCAUCUACCUCAAGGGCGUGUGUCAGCACCACGACCUGGGCUCGCUGGGCGCCGCCUUCAACGUGCCAGCGGCGCGGCGCCAGCUCGAGAUGCUAGUCGACAUGGGUUCCAACGCGGUGCGGACGUCGCACAACCCGCCCGCGCCCGAGCUGCUGGACCUGGCCGACCGGCUGGGCAUCCUCGUGCUCGACGAGAUCUUUGACACGUGGGCCUUCCACAAGACGGACAACGACUUUGCCCGCAUCUUCCAGGACUGGUCCGAGGCCGACCUGCGCGCCUUCAUCCGGCGCGACCGCAACCACGCCUCUGUCUGGGCCUGGUCGUACGGCAACGAGGUGCAUGAGCAGCGCGUGUCGGGCGGCGAGGCGCAGGCGCGGCGGCUGCACGACAUCGUCAAGUCCGAGGACGCGACGCGGCAGGCGACGCUGGGCAUGAACAACGCCGGACCCGACACGGCCUUCACGGGCGUCGUCGACAUCAUCGGGCUCAACUACCAGGGCGAGGGCAAGGGGCACGGCGCGCCGACGUUUGAGAACUUUCGCGGCCGCUACCCGGACAAGAUGAUCUACAGCACCGAGAGCUCGUCCGUCAUCAGCUCGCGCGGCACCUACCUCUUCCCCGUCACGAGCAGGAACAUGGAGAUCGUGAGCACCGCCGGCAACGGCACCGGCGCCGACCCGUCGGCCCUGACCGUCAGCUCGUACGACCUCUACGCCGUCGAGUGGGGCGCGACGCCCGACAAGGUCUUUGCCGCGCAGGACCGCUUCCCCUACGUCGGCGGCGAGUUCGUGUGGACGGGCUGGGACUACGUGGGCGAGCCGACGCCGUUCGACGGCCAGUCGCGCAGCAGCUACUUUGGCAUCAUCGACAUGGCCGGCUUCCCCAAGGACCGCUUCUACAUGUACCAGGCCCGCUGGAACCCGGACGUGCCCAUGGCUCACAUCCUCCCUCACUGGAACUGGCCCGACCGCGUCGGCCAGGUCACGCCCGUGCACGUCUACUCGUCGGCCAGCGAGGCCGAGCUUUUUGUCAACGGCGUGUCCCAGGGCCGCAAGACGCGCGCCCAGUACGAGUACCGCUUCCGCUGGGACGACGUGCGCUACGCCCCCGGCGAGGUGCACGUCGCCACGUACAAGGCCGGCGGCAGCCCCUGGGCCAACGCGACGGUGCGCACGACGGGGCCGGCGUCGCGCCUGCUGGCGUCGUCGUACCACGACAAGGCGAGCCUGGGCCCGGCCGACGACGACCUGGCCUUCAUCUCGGUCGCCGUCGCCGACGCCGAGGGCGAUGUGGUGCACACGGCCGAGCCGACGCUACACUUCUCCGUGAGCGGGCCGGGAGAGCUCGUCACGACCGACAAUGGCGACCAGGCCGACUUUAGCUCCUUCCGGUCGCCGACGCGCAAGGCCUUCCGCGGCCUGGCGCUUGCCAUCGUGCGCGCCAAGCCCGGCGCCGCGGGUGAGGGCCCCAUCGUCUUGACCGUCGAGGCCGACGGGCUCGAGAAGGCCGAGUUUAAGUUGGCCAAGGUGGCCAAGGCUUGAGUUUCUGUGGGGGAGAGAGGGAGGUGGACGACUUGACGAUAUAGGAAUGACCCCUAUGUGUGGUUUUCUUUGUAUGGAUGGGUUUGCGAAAAUGUAUUAGCAUCAUCUAAUCUUACCGAGGUCUGGCACAAAAUAAAACAAAAGUGAAAGCACCAGCCAAAAUGUCUUCACACGAAAAGCCUAGACAAGACAUGGACACCAGUUGCAAUCAACGCCAAGACAGAACUAUACUCGUACGAAAGCCCACAAGAUGAAGCUGUCGUCCACCCUACAGUUUUUGGCAUCCAGCUGCGCCGUCAUCGGAUCCCAAGCAGCACCCACCUUAAUUUUUACUUUGAGGAAAGACCUUUAGCAAUGCUCGAACAAAUCCAUAAUGUCACUUCACACCGCCAUUGGCAAAG